UCUGUUUACAAAAUAUUCUCUCUCUUCCGAGCGGAAGUGAUGGGAAAAAGUAGGCUUGUGGCUGUGAACCAGUAGCAACAGCAUUUGCAGACCGUAAUUGGUGGCAGGGCACAGGCUACACACAAAUCACUGCGUCGUCGUCAAAAGUCAAAGCAGCAAAAACGCAGUAUCGUUCACUGCAAAGCGUGGGCCCCUCAUCGACACAAUUCCCCCUAAAAAAUACGGACCACAGUUCAGGACGUCCGGGCUUCGUAAUAAAAAAGAUGAGCAGUGAUGAAGAGAUCGGUGAAUUGAAAGUUGUGUACGAUUUCAUUGCACAGGGCAAAUUCAAGAAGGCUUUUGCCAGUGCCACGAAAGUUCUCGACCAGCGGUCGCCCCCGUCGCCGGCGGCCGAAGAGGAAGAUCCGCUGCGGGAACUGUUUCUGUUCAUCGUGACCAAGCACGCGGAGCAGCUGGAGCAGGAAGGCAAAAUCGAACAAGUGUUUGAAAUCAUCGAGCAAGGAUUGGAAUACUUCCCCGAGCAUCCGGAGCUGCUGAACGAGACGGGUGUGCGGUUGCAAAGAUAUGGCCGCUCGUUGGAGGCUUCCAUCUGCUUCGAACGUGUACUGUUGCAGGACUCCCGUUACCUGAAAGCCUACCAAAAUCUGCAGAACACGAAGUGCGAACUCGUGGAACGAUGGCACUUCCGCAUGCUGAACGACGUUGUGCGCAAUGCAGCGUUUCGUGCCGCGAUCGAAAGUCAGAUCGCCGAAGGAUACAACGAAGUGCUGGACAUCGGUACCGGCACUGGUUUACUUUCGAUGUACGCAUUGCAAUGCGAUGGCAUCCGCAAGGCAGCAGCUUGCGAUGGGUCGGAAAUUAUGGUGCAGAUCGCACGGGACGUAUUCGGUGCUAAUGGGCUUAGCGAUCGGAUCUGUCUGUUUCAGAGCUACUCGCAGGAUUUGAAAAUCGGCGAACGGUUCUCGCUGAUAGUGACCGAAACGCUUGAUUCCGGUGCGUUCGGCGAGGGAAUUCUGGAAACGUUAAUUCACGCCAAACGGCAUCUGCUGCUACCGGAGGGGAAAAUCAUUCCGGCCAAGGUCACGCUGUACGCGUCCGGAUAUCAAUCGCGCGCCUUAACAGCAAGCAAUAUUUUAAUCAACGAAGCUUUUAUAGAGGAUUUCUCAUUGCCCAGCAAUUGUUUGCUUUCGAAGGAAGGUACAAAGUGUUACGAUGCGGAGGAUAUUGGGCGCAUUCAGGCAAACGAUGAUUUUGAGUUCGUGACCGAUACCGUCGUCUCUUUGGUGGUGGAUUUUAACGAUCUUGAUAGCCUGGUACGCUAUCAGGAUGGUACGGAAGUGGGCGAAGUGGAACUGACCUGUCUGGACGAUGGUCUACUGCUGGAUGGUUUUGUUGUAUGGUUCGAUCUGCAGCUUGAUGAGAACCAAGCCAUCAGUACGGAUCCGACCACCAGCACGUGCUGGAAUCAGGCGAUCUUUCGAUUAAACCAGCGCCUUCCGGUUGCGAAGGAGCAACGUUUGAAGCUGACGAUGUCCUGCAAGGAUGGUGCACUCUCCAUUGCCCACAAUCUCAACUCGGUGGAAAACCAGAUCAGUGUGCACGAACACGUGCUGGAGUUUCUCAACGAUAAUGAGUACUACAACAGCUUAACGGAGGCUACCGAAGCGCUCGACGAUAUGGAAAAGGUGCUUGAUCUGUCACUCUUUCCCUACGCUGGCUUGAAGCUUUUGAAAGAGGGCAAAGCCCGAAUGCUGUUCUGUCUCGAUCAGGCGGAAGAUUUGAUUGAGUUUGUUGCAAAUCAAAAUGACAUUCCAAUGGGUAGCAUCAUGCUAGUCAACUCACUCCAGGAGAUAUUUCUGCUGAACGAUUAUACGCUCGAUCUGAUCAUUCUGCAACCGGUGGACGUUUUCGGACAGAUAAACAGUGAGCACUUCUGCCUUUACCAAUCGUUACUGGCGAAGCUAAAACCGAUCGGUACGGUUAUACCAUCGUCGCUAGAGCUGCACGGCAGCGUUAUCGAAUCGGAUUGGAUCGUUAAAUGUAGCCGCGUCGAAAAUCCAGAACUGGAACAGUUUCAGAUCGAUAAGUAUCUCGCUUCACUGGAAACGGAAAACCAUCUAGACCUGGGCCCAUUUUCCUACCGAAACCUUUCCCCUACGAUUAAGCUAGCGGACGUGCAGUUCGAUGGAAAGCUGCACGAAACUGCAUUGGAAUUGGGGCUUGCCGAACCGACCGAUCCGAAACGGGUGCAUGCCAUACUGUACCACUACCAAAUCGGGUUUACACCUGAGCGACCAUUACUCGAUACGGAUCGUGCUCAGUCCUUCGCAAAGCGAUCCGCCUUUAUCAUUCCUAAAUCUACAUUCCACGGACCGUCCGGAGAAACCGACGAGCCGACUGCUGAUCAUGCACAGAUUGAGCGGCUCUACAUUACCGUACUUCAAAAUCAUGGAGUCAUUAAAUGUGAUAUUGCUUCCGUUGGACAGUAAUGCAAACACAAUGGUCUGCCAGGCAAUGGUCGCCUACUGCAAUGUACCAUUCACAAUUCUUACUAGCAAUUCCUAGCCACGUGUGAAGCAACCAAUAACCUCUGAUUAUUACACCCACCCACUAUAGAUGAAAGGAAAUCACAGGAGAACUGGGAUACUGAGAUGGAUUUUAACGUAGUAACUUAGCUUUAGCAGUGCAGUAUUAGCAAACCACACGUAGCAAUCGUACAUAGUAUGCAUUCCCGUUGAAGCAAAAGCAAUGUAACCCAUCAUUCACUCUGUGAGUAUGACACAUCAAAUAAUGUACGGAACAAAUCUAAAAUACAUACCAAUCAUAGUGAGAGCAAUCUUAGUAGUGCGUUUUAGUGCAUCAGUCAAUGGACAAGAAGAGUAACGAAAAACCUCGUCACAUCGCACCCACCCUAUGGGAAGGAACAGAAUUAGGCGUAGUAUAGCAUGGAUAGCAAAAGCAAUACAAGCAAGUAGAAUAAUAUUCUCACGAUAUCCCGCACGCACCAUGAACCAGUGGAGAGAAAAAAAAACUAUCAUCAACAACAAAUUGUGAUUGGAUGUUUGCAAAUACACAUAUCAGCAUUAACCGUUGAUACGAUAGUGUGUUCCGAUGCGCAAUUGCUGUAAUUUCGAUUAAAUGUACCAGUUUUAGCAACACAAUAAAAUAGGAUCAUUUCAGUCAAUGUGA